GUAAUAUCUGGAGGAAAGCAGAACGAUUAUUGAGCAAUUCAAGUUUUAUCAAAGAAAAGCCUUCACUUUUAUCAUGUCCAAAUCAAUCUCAACAGUUUUUUGUUUACAGUUUUUCAAGUGAUGAGCCAUAUACAGUUAAUGUUUCAUCUGACUUGGUUACAUGUAAUUGCCCAAUGUAUAAAAGUUCACCAAAAAUUUGCUCAGAUGCUGUGGCAUGUGCAGAGAAAGUUGGGAAACUUAACACAUAUUUGCAAUUGUUAACUAAAAAAGUUUCUUGUAAUGAUCCAACUGGCUUAGCACUCUCUGUUCGCGGAAUAAAAAAAAAGCUAGUGGUUGCAAAGGAGGGAAAGUAA